AAUUUUCAUCACAGCUCCGUUGCUUUCUUACACAUUUCGCGCAAUUCAAUCGAGCCAGAUUCGCAGCACGCCGCCCGAGUCCAGACUUUCAUUCAACUGCCCUAUUACUGUUCCGUGUGUCGUGUGCUUUUUUGCUUUGUGUGUUGAUUUGUAAGUGACAAAGAUGGACAGCUCAGGAUUCAUGUUCAACAUUGACAAUGGCUAUCUGGAGGGCCUGUGCCGUGGCUUCAAGUGUGGCAUCCUGAAGCAGGCGGACUACUUGAAUCUGGUGCAGUGCGAGACCUUGGAAGAUCUGAAACUCCAUCUGCAAGGCACCGACUACGGCAGCUUCCUGGCCAACGAGCCCUCACCGCUGUCGGUGUCCGUGAUCGAUGACAAGCUGCGGGAGAAGCUGGUCAUUGAGUUCCAGCAUAUGCGCAACCAUGCUGUGGAGCCGCUAUCCAACUUCCUGGACUUCAUCACCUAUGGCUAUAUGAUCGACAACAUCAUCCUGCUCAUUACGGGUACGCUGCACCAGCGUCCCAUUUCGGAGCUGAUACCCAAGUGCCAUCCGCUGGGCAGCUUCGAGCAGAUGGAGGCUAUCCAUGUGGCGUCGACGCCCGCUGAGCUGUACAACGCCGUGCUGGUGGACACGCCGCUGGCCCCGUUCUUUGUCGACUGCAUUUCCGAGCAGGAUCUCGACGAGAUGAACAUCGAGAUCAUCCGCAACACGCUGUACAAAGCCUACCUGGAGGCCUUCUACAACUUCUGCAAGAACAUGGGCGGUGCCACAGCCGAUGUUAUGUGCGAGAUCUUGGCGUUUGAGGCCGAUCGCCGUGCCAUCAUCAUCACGAUCAACUCAUUCGGCACUGAGCUGUCUAAAGACGAUCGCGCCAAGCUGUAUCCCAACUGCGGCAAGAUGUACCCCGAUGGACUGGCCGCUCUGGCCCGUGCCGACGACUACGAGCAAGUGAAGACCGUGGCCGAGUACUAUGCGGAAUACGCCGCUCUCUUCGACGGCUCCGGCAACAAUCCCGGCGACAAGACACUCGAAGACAAGUUCUUCGAGCACGAGGUCAAGCUGAACGUGUACGCUUUCUUGCAACAGUUCCACUUCGGUGUCUUCUACGCGUACCUUAAGCUCAAAGAGCAGGAGUGCCGCAACAUUGUCUGGAUUGCCGAGUGCGUGGCCCAGAAGCAUCGCGCCAAAAUCGACAACUACAUACCAAUCUUCUAAGCCAAUCAGCCGCUCCGCCGGCAUUCAAAUAAUUAUUACUCGUUUUUUUUUUCCUCCUGCCCUUCCAAGAUAUAUUUUUUUGGUUCUCCACCAAUUCCUUGUUAUCAAUUGUUUAAUGUAUAUUAUAUUGUGUCUUUGUGCAUAUAUGUAGAUGUGUGUAGUUUUGUUACGAGUAUUACUGUCGCUCCCCCGAUAAGUUCUUUUCAAGUUUUUAGUUAAAUUCAGCACUUUCUGCUUCCACAAGUAUUCCCUCGAUCGCUCCAAAGCUGCAGAUAUCUGUAUAUCUAUAUCUCAGUAUCUGUAUGUAUUCAGGAGACAUCUGGAGUGUUACCUUCUAGUGUACCUUUCAGGGUUCGUAUUUGUGUACAUAUUUAUAAUUAUCGAAUGAACGCAAAAUCAAUAGCAAGCAUUGGGUGAGGAGAGCAUCAGCACCAUACAUACAUAUGUUAUCUACUAUAUAGAAAUGCUUACAUAUACAAGAAAAAACCUACAUAUGUGAAUGAUAAAUCAAUUAUUAAAACAUGUUUUCAAACAUUCCCUCAAA